AUGCCACGACGAUGCCACACUAAGUCCAGACGCGGCUGCGUCCAAUGUAAAGAGCGCCAUGUCAAGUGCGACGAAUUACAACCAACAUGCAGUCUCUGCGUACGACGCGGAUUAUCAUGUAUCUAUGUUGCGCCCAGACCAAGAAAACGACCCGCUUCCACAGGGAGCUCACCAAGGAACAGCGGAUCCGAAAGAGCAUCAUCUCACUCCAGUGUCUCUGACAUAGAUACAUUCUCUCGACUCCCUCGACUGAAGGAAAUGGCCCUGUUCCAUCAUGCCUGCGAAUCAACACUCCCAUCUAUAUCAAGAAAUAAAGACGACCGUUCCUUUUGGGUGGAUAAAAUCCCAAAAGUCGCAGUGAAUUAUGAUUUCGUCAUGGAUGGUCUGCUCGCAGUAGCAGCCCUUCAUAUUGCUUCUGAACAACGCGAUAAUGGUGAAGUCCCCAGCUGGCUGGAGACUGCUUUAACAUACCAGACUCAUGCGACAAUUGGUCUGCGGCAAGAUCUUGCGACCAAUCCACAGAAUAUUCAAGCUUCUUUUAUUUGUUCAUCUAUUAUUCUGGUGCUUGUCACUGCUUACCCGAGUCUCUGCUGGGAUGAUACUCCUGUUGAUCCUUUAAAUGAGAUUGAGACACUUAGAUCUAUUUUGAGUGGAGCGGCUUUUCUAUGGGUUCAGAUGGUUGGACCGGAUCGAGGUUGGGUGGAUGAUUGGGUAUAUCGAGAUGGAAGUGAUCGACUUGUACUGGCCCGAGCACAACUCAGAAAUAUUUUAAUGAAAUUCCGCACCCUACCUCCUAUCAUCGAAUCCAGUUCUGGUCCACAUAUCGAAAUCUACCGCGAUACAUAUAACCUACUCCUCCGAAGUCUGGAAACAUGGCCAUCAGGACAAGGUAGUCUGGUAUGGCCCAUCCGAGUCAGCGACGAUUUCAUAAACCUAGCUCGACAAGGCGAAUGGACAGCCCUGAUUUUUAUCAUGUUCCACGGCCUGGAUCGACAUCUCUCUUCUCAAAAAUGGUUUGCUCGAGAUUCAGGCAAACGAUUAGUUCUUGGGAUUAUUCGGAAAUUCGGCUCUACUAUUCCCUUGGAGUGGAUGGAUAUGAUUGAAUGGAUUGGACGAGUGGUUGAGUUAUAA